AUUAUCAUCUCCACAGUAAACAACAAGAAUGAGCAAGCGCUAAAAAUUAUAUAUGACAUUAUUUUACCAUUUAAACAUCAAUAAUCAGAACUAUGGUUGGUUCUCCAGGUUGACCAUCAUUCAAGACUUGUUUAUUGUGAAGUGCCAAGAUGUUGGUGGAACGCUAUCGACCGAUCCUGUACCUACAGUACCUCUUGCUGUUUGUGGAUCUGUUUCUGAACUCUUUCAUUGAGUUACUUAGAUUUGAAAAUGUCAUACUUCUUGUGUUACUAGUGAUCCAGGAUGUGUGUAUACUUUUUGCGGCUAUCGUUGUCUUCCUUCUCUUCUUCAACACCUUCAUCUUUCAAGCAGGCCUUGUGAACAUCCUUGUUAACAAGUUCAGGGUCACCAUCACAGUAGUGUUUGUCUACUUCUGCCUCUGUGUGGGCCUACACGUGUGGUAUAUGACAUUAAGAUGGGCAGACCCUAAUACCUGGAUCUGGGGAAAUCAAGGCAUUAGAGUACUAUUCAUCAUUCAGAGAACGGCCUCUGUGUUUUACUACUACUUCUACAAGCGAACCUGUCUGAAGCUGGCAGACCCGCGGUUCUAUCAGGACUCAGACUGGAUACAGAAAGAGUUUGAGAAGAGACGAUAGUGCUUGAGCCAUGUGGAAAUAUUGAUCUGUGAUAACCAUAUUAUUAGUGACUAUACAUUGUAUAUACUUGUAUAUAUUAUCUUCUACGCUAUAUAUGUAUUGGAGUGGGUUGUUUGCGAAUUUAGUUAUAAAGUUCUUUUGUCAGGAUUUUUGUCUAUAUUUUGUUUUUGACAAAAAGUUCCAGACACUUGUAAACUGUGUAAACUUACAUAAUAUAUAUUUAAAUAUUUUCUAUAUUUAAUGGAUUUAGUUUGUCUACAUGUUUCCAUUGGUACAAUUGUCCAUAAGGUUUUCUGAUCAGCCACUUACUGGUGGUAUGUAGUUUAAAUUUGGCAUAGUGUAUGUGGAUGUUUGCAUGUCUCGUGAUGUGGGUUAAGAAUUAUAUCAUGACAUAUAUUAUAUGUUUAGUGAAAUAUUGAAAAUGUACCUAGUUUUGUCUUGUCUUCUGCAUAUAUAAAUAAUAAAUAAUUCUGCAAGUUUUUAACUCUUUUUUUAAGAAUAAAUGUAAUUAAGUUUUGUAUCUGACAAUGUAAUUUUUAACAUAUAUGUUUUUAUAUUAUUUUAAUUAUUGUAUCAAAAAUUGCAAAUGGAUAUUUUUACUGUACGACAUAGAAAUAUUUGCAAUUUUAUAACACACUUCUUAUGAACUUCAAUUUUUUUACUUAUCAACGUUUUAUCUUUUUCCAAAUAAUAAUACUUAAAGCGUAUAUACUUGUUUUAAAAUUGGUUGUUAAAACCAGACAUGAACUACUCUUUGUAUAAAAAAGGAAUUCACUUGCUGUUGGACUUCAUAUCAAUUAAAGCAUAACAUAUGUCUUAGUACAACGCUAUUACUCAUUGAAUGUAAAAAUAAUGUAAAAAUAUUGUGUAUUUGUCAAUGAAAAUGUCAGAAGUAUAAUUUCUUUGGCCAGAUAAAUAUUGUAAAUUGUUGUUUUCCUGUUGUAUGUAUCAAACGGUGUAAAAGCCAACGCAUCACUGACUUAACAGAUGUUAACUAUUCCGUCCAGAUUUAUUUAUAUUACUCAUGGUUAUUUUAUUGCUCAUGGGUUGUGUUUUUUUGUUCAGAGAUUGUGGUGCAUAUAGAUUUUAAACUGUCUGUCUGCUUGUUGUUGCUUCUGUCAAAAGGAUUUUUGAGAUGCAGGUAAAUCAAUAUCUAUAACAGUUUUAGUGAUUUAUUGAUUAGCAAAUAGUCAACAUGUUAACUAUGGCUCCAUGUUAUUUUGAUGCAUGUUUAACAUGUACAUAUUUACCAAUGAAGAGCUAUGGAAUGAUUUGGGCAAAACAAUACGAUAUUUUUGCUCAACUAUUUACUGAAUAAAUCAAGUAAAAUCACGAAUGUCGGCAUGGGUGUUCAAGCAAUUCACUUAUUAAGGUAAAAAUGCAACACCUCAUUUCACUGUUUCAACUACAGGUAUUAAAUUUAAACUUUACAUUUGUAUUUGGUUUCAUAACUGUGACCUGAUUUUUUUCAUAAUUAUGGACCUUUUUGUACUGAUAAAUUCUGUUAAGUUGAACAUGUAACAUCUCCAUUCAGAUAUUGGCCAGAUAUUUGUUGUGUGAGUCUGCCUUCAUGAAUUACAGAUGAAGUGCGAGUGUUGUUCCAGUCCAUUUUUUGUAGUGUGAAUUAAUGGGCCAUGGACUUAGAGAAAUUUUCUCUAUAAUAACCAUUUUCCAUAAGUUUUUUACGAAACGCUUUCAGACUCUUAGCUGCUUUUUGGCAUGUGAGUCUACCUGUAUGACUUACAGAUGGAUGAAGUGUGAGUUUUUCGCUCCAGUCCAUUUAUGUUUGGCAAGUUAUGGGCCUUUGACUGAGAGAAAUUUUAUCUACUCUAACCAUUUUCCAUAAGUUUUUUUACGAAAGGCUUUCAGACAUUUAGCUGAUUUUUGGCAUGUGAAUUUACCCAUAUGACUAACAGAUGGAUGAAGUGUGAAUUUCAUUCUGUUCCAUUGAUUUCUGACAAAGUAAUGCGCUUGAAUAAUAACAGUUUUCCUGAGAUUUUUUAAGAAACGCUUUCAGAUAUUCAGCUGACUUAAUGUAUGUGAGUCUACCUACAUGACUUACAGAUGAAUUGUGAGUUUCUUUCCGGUCCAUAAAUUUUUGGUGAAGUUAACAGCCUUGGACUUAGAAAAGUUUCUCGAUAUUAACUGGUUUCGGGACAUUUUUUACUAAAUGCUGUCAGUUAACGUCCAUAAGGCCCAUAACUUUGUUAAAUAUCAAUGACUGUUACUGAGUCAUGAUAUUUUCAAUUUGGAUAUAGCUGCUGUGUUACUUCAAAGUGCAGUAGGGGCAUUGUUUUGCACAAAUGCAGGUCUUGUUGUCUUGUUUCUUAUUGGUAUUGAAAAUUGAUAUGAAGAUGUCUGAAGCUUUAAUGAUAACUGUAAGAUUACAUCUACAUUUAGUGAAGCUAUAUGCAAUACUCAGCUUUAAGAAGUAAGGAUAUCAAUAACAAUUACGAAUGCUUUUCAUUUUGUCUAGCAUAAGAAAAAACAUUAAGAUUAUUGGAAUCAUACAAAUGACUAACAUUUAUGAACAUAUCAAAUUGUUGGAUAAUAAUAUGGCUAUUCAUUAUAGUAAUAUUUAAUAACUGUACAUAUGGUCAGUUUUUACCGAGAAAAAGCCCAGACAAUAAUUUGCAAUGAACUAAUAUCUUCAAUCUUUAAAGUGCCAUAACUCUGUGAAAAAUGACUGAUGCAGAUUGUUCUGGUGAUACGAACAUUUUAUUUGGUAAUGAAGCUUCUUAUAAUGUUUGUUUAAAUACAAGCUAGUAGUAUAUAUUUUUUUAAUUGUUCAAAGUAUUGUAAUUCGGACAAAUCUUUAAAGGAGAAUAUACUAGUAGAAUGCAGGUUUUAAUAUAAUACAAAAUAUUUAUUUGCAUUAUUAAAAAAAGUUGUCCUUUUGGACAUAAAGCGGGCAAGAGGAUAAUUAUUUAAUUAAUAAUAAAAUCGUUAUGAAUGAAAUAUACACGAAGUACUAUUAUUUACCUAUGUGCAGUAUCAAUAAAACAUCUUUAAAUUUUAGGCCAGAUUGUCAAAGCUUAAACCGUAUGCUCCCCUGACAUUUGGGGGGAUUUAAUUUUGUAAAAAAAAUUGUCUUGUUGAUAUUGGCUGUCUUUAUAUAAUUAUUUUUUUUAAGUAAGAAAUCUUUUGUUUAUAAAUCCGUUGUAUAUACCUGAUAUUUGCUAUAAUUAUGUCAUUAACAAUUAAAUAUGUUUACUUCGUUCAAUAAAUUGUAGAUUUUA